AUGGUCCAAAUGGAAGAAAUCACAGACCAAAUGGCCGACGCCAUGAUUGCCGAAGGCGCGGCCUUACCGCCCGGUCACGCUCUCCUCAGCGGCAAAACGGCCGACGAGGUCCUCGCCGACCUGAACAAGUCCCCGCUCUUCAUGACCUCGCUCGAGGAAAAUGACGACGUGGCCGCGCUGCAGGCGCUCGCGUACGAGGGGACGGCGAGGGAGAAUGGAGAAGAAUUCAAGGAGCGCGGGAACGAGUGUUUCAAGGCCAAGAUGUAUGCUGACGCCAAGGAGUUUUAUGGGAAAGGGAUUGAGAUUUUGGCGGUGGAGGAGAAGAGGCGCGCGAAAGGGGAGAAGACCUUUCAUACGGAGAAGGCAAAGGCCAAGGCCGAAGAGGUCGAAGACGACGACGACGAAAUCGCAAAGCAAAAGGCCGUGCUGGAAUCGCUCUACGUCAACCGCGCGGCGUGCCACCUCGAGCUGGGCAACUUCCGCUCCUGCUGGACGGACUGCGGUCUCGCUCUGCGGCUGAACCCGAAGAACCUCAAAGCCUACUACCGCUCCGCGCGCGCCCUGCUGAAAGUAGACCGUAUCGCCGAGGCCGACGACGCGUGCGCGAGGGGUCUGGCGCUGGAUGAGGCGAAUAAACCCCUGCAGGCCGUCGCGUGGGACAUUAUCAAGGCGGCCGAGCGCGCCGACGCCAAGACGAAGAGGGAGCAGGAGCGGAGAGCGGCUGAGAGGAGACGGGAGAUGUUGUUGAAGGCUGCGCUUGCGGCGCGGGGGAUCAGGCACCGUGUUACGGAGCAGCCUCCUGAGAUGGAGGAUGCGCGGAUGAGGCUUGUGCCGGAUGAGGAUGAUCCGAAGAGUAGUUUGAGUUUUCCGGCGGUGCUGUUGUAUCCGCUGCAGAUGGAGAGUGAUUUUGUCAAGGCGUGGAAUGAGACGGAGUGUGUGGGGGAUCAUUUGGGGUAUAUCCUGCCGCUGCCGUGGGAUGAGAGGGGGGAGUAUGCGAGCGCUGGUCAGGUGGAGUGUUACAUGGAGACGGCGAGCGGUGGGUUGGUGAAGGUGGGCAAGAAGGCUACGCUGUUGAAGAUUCUGAGUGGAGGGAAUGUGGAGGUUGUGGAUGGGAUUGUGAGGGUGUAUGUUGUUCCUGUGGCGAGGGCCAAGGGGUGGAUUGAGGAGUUUAAGGUGAAGAAGGCGGCGGAGAAGAGGUAG